GGGGGAUAGAAUACGAACAUGGCAACCAGUCACAUAACAAAAGGAAGUGAGCAUAUAGGCGCAUUAAAUUUAUGUGUGUGAUAUAACGUUAUUUCUCAGUGUCGACAAGCAAAUACGUUCUCAUUUUGACUACUCUCAGUGUAAAGGAUAUUUUGAAGCUGUUAACACCACGGUGAACAUGGCAGAAUAGAGGCAAACGGCCAGUCUGUAUCCUCACAAGUUGCUGAGCCCUUUCUAGGGCCCCUCAGGGCCCCAGAAGAGGAUGCAUCGUAGUGGGGAUAAAGACUUCCAGACAUCAGCACGCAAGAUGGGCACGUCCUUGUUAUUCCAGCUGUCAGCUCAUGAGCGAGAGCUGGACUUGGUGUUUCUGGAUCAUAGUUAUGCCAAGCCGUGGAAUGCACACCCGGAUGCCAGCAGUGCCCGGCCCACAAGGACCCUGUUUGUCACUCCCCGUCGCCAGCCAGACGCAUCGUCAGAGUCUGAUCCUUUAAUAGACGUGGAAACAGUUACACCCACACCUGUUCCACUGUAUGACAACCACAAAGCUCUCAGUGUGAUGAAGGAGUGUGAGCGGCAUGUCCUGUUUGCUCGCACUGUCGCCGAGAGCCCCCCGCCUCCUGAUGACUGGGAGGAACACCUCAACAAAACUGGAUGGUCAGUGGCGCAGAACAAAUUGUUCAAUAAAGUGCUUAAAGCUCUGCAAGCUGAAAGACUAGCCCGUCUUGCCAAUGAAAAUGCCUGCAAUGAGCCAGUCUUGCGUAGGAUUGCUGUGGACAAGUGUGCCAGGAAGGUGCGCCAUGCACUAGCCAGUGUGAACUGGGACACCAAACUGACUCAGUGGUUACACACCACCAUGAUUGAGUCCCUGAGUCUCGCCAUGCUGGCUGCUUACCUGGAUGUGCUGCAGACUCUCAAAAGCAAGUUACCCUCGCUGAUUGACAGGAUGCUGCUGACGUCAUCAGCCAAGACAGGAGCACCAAGCACAGAGGCCCUGUCACUGUUACUGAAACGUCCCUGGGACCCAGCUGUGGGAGUUCUGUCUCACAACAAGCCGAGCAAGCUUCCUGGCUCCCCACUCAUCCUGAUUGCGCCAUCAGGCCCAACUAAUCCUGCCCUCUCUACCUCAAGGCGAAUGAGAUUCUGGCAGUCUCAGCUCUCCUGUUUAGGAAAGGUCAUCCCAGUCAACAGUCAUGUGAACAGCGGAGCCAAUGUUGGUAUCACUCAGUGUCUGGAGCACAUGUUGGGUACUGUCAGAGCCAAGGUCAUGGAGGUUCACAGUCACUUCCCUCACAAACCCAUCGUCCUCGUUGGCUGGAAUGUCGGAGCUCUCAUUGCUUGUCACGUAUCUCUUAUGGAGUAUCUGACAGCUGUGGUGUGUCUCGGCUUCCCGCUCCUAACUGUCAACGGACCAAGAGGGGAUGUGGACGACCCGCUGUUGGACAUGAAGACCCCCGUGUUAUUUGUGGUCGGCCAGAACGCCCUGCAGUGCAGCAUCGAGACCAUGGAGGAGUUCAGAGAGAAGCUGAGGGCUGACAACAGCAUGGUGGUGGUCGGAGGAGCUGACGACAACCUCCGAAUCAACUCAAUGAAGAUGAAAACGGAGGGCCUGACACAGACCAUGGUAGACCGCUGCAUUCAGGAUGAGAUAGCUGACUUCCUGUCAGGAGUUCUGACCCGGGCAGAGGGUCACGGCCACGGCUCAGGGGAGAUGAGAGACCUGGACACAGAGAAGAAGAAGAGGCCUCGACGAGAGCUUCCCUUCGACAUGGAGAGAGGACGGCCCUCCUCCCCUGCACUCAGAGUCCCCAUCUCCCCUUCAGGUUCAGAGGAUCUGUCCAGUGUCUGCAGCAGUCCCACUUCAAGUCCGAAGCCAAAGACGUCUGGUUUAUCUCCAGCACAGAAGUCCAGUCUGAUCACAGCCACGCAGCUCCUGAAGACACACAUGCAACGCUCUGGCACUGUGCUCACCCACAAGCAGGCUCAAGCUCAGUUUGCUGCUUUUAUGAAACAAAACAUGCUUGUGAGGAAAAAUCUUCCUCCUGGCACUCCUCCCUGUGUCUUUGUUCCAGUGUCCAGUGAUCAGAUGGAGGGCCUGGACAGAGACGAGCUGAGACCCCAUGGCAAGAGGAGGCAGACACCCAGCCCCACCAUGAGCAAAGCCUCCAAGAGAGCCAAGAUUAAGGUCACCAUUGUUUCCCAAGGCGAGUCAGCAGGGGGCGCCAUCAGCCCUGCUGCACAGGAAGUGGGAGCGUCUGGGAAGCCCCUGACUGUGACUGUGGGACAGACUGUGGCUGGAGCUAAGGAACUCUCUGGACUCCUUACAGGCCAGCGGUCUGGUAGUCUCUCAGAGGUGUCUAGUGCCCUGUCCCCGGGCUCCAGCUCAUUCAACAGCGUGCAGCCUUGCAUGGUGUCAGGGUCCUCCACACCACUCCAGGCGCAAGUUCCUGCUACUGCCCAAGCACCUUCCGCCAGCAGUCUGCUACAAGGGUUAAGCUUCAGUCUUCAGGAGAUCGUCACCAAAGCUCCUAGCCUGCCUUCCACAGCCGCCAACACAGGCAGCACCCAGGCAGUUGGUGGCAAGCCCCAGGGUCAGGUCCUGAGCUCCAUCGGCACCAGCAACAGCAGCAGCAGCAGCACCCUGCUCCGGGCAGUGCCUGUGGUCUCCACGGGAGGAGUGGCGAAAACCACUGCCAUCCACCAGCUACUCACCAACGGUGGGCUGGCCAAACUUGCCAGCAGCUUACCCGGCUUGGCACACAUCACCAACCAGAGUGCUGGUAUGUCUCGAACUGCCAAAACACGACGGCCACGUUGAACGCCCAGGGUUCGUUCAUCCUUUGUUUUGGAAACACUAGAACAGGAGGUGUGUAGCCAGGGAGGAGUGCCACACUAGAGGACCGUAGAGGACAGCACUGUCGACGUGCAUGCAGAUAGUUUUCCCGGAGGAUCCUAGCUGUUGUAAGGCUUUGUAAAUUCAGACAUGCAGCUAUCUAGAAUCUGAGGAAGAUGGGCGGCAUAAGUCAUGUAAUGAAGCAUUGUUCAUGUUCGGAAAGAGCCAUAUUGGAAACGUCUAAGUUGAUGUGAAGUCAAACGUUUUGGUUCCCAACUCAUGUUUGACGCAUAGUGUUUAUGUGGAAGUGGAUGCAAAUGUUAAAACAUGCUAAAAUGUGAAUGCAUGAAAGCAUUUUAUACAGGAGAAUUGUGAAUUAAGUUCUGCAAAAGAAAGGAAAUCAGUAACAAAUACAUUGUUUGCAAGAUUGACUAAAUGUAAGAAGUUAUCUGAUCAGUUUGUCAGUCGCCCAGUCCAGACUGCUUUUGUAUGCCAGGUUUGUCUACUUGAUGGAGCUGUCAUUUUAUGUUUGUGUUCAUUUUGUUUGCCUCCUCAUGUAAUAACAUUUUGUAAACCCUUUCAUUAAAUCACCUGCCGCAAGCAUAUACAAUAUCCAUGAAUACAAAUAAUCGCUGACCCCUUAGGGAGAUGUGUUGAAAAGCAAUAACAUUAGCAUAUGGUAUUUCCCCAGCUCUGUUCCUAUCACUGCAAUAAAGACUGGAAUCAAACUCA